CACGCCCCUCACCCCGAAACCGCCCUUUCCCUCCAGGGCCCGCCCUUUCCCCGCCCCGAAACCUUCUGAUUGCUCACUCCUGCACCCCUUUAUCCCCUUACCUGUGGUCCCCAAUGGUUCCCCACUCCCGCUUACCGUUUCUCCUUCCCCCCUUUUCCCCUGUCUCCUCUCGGUGCAUUUUGUACUUGGAUUUUUUGCCUCCAUCGCUCUUGUCCCUAAUUUUAGCAAGCUUUCCAUCCACCCACAUGUUGUUUGGCCUUACCUGUCCUGCUCCUUUCUACCCCCAGGACACGUUUUCUUAUUUUGAAACCCUUUGUACGGGCCUGCGUGGCCUAUUCCCAGAGCACCUUUUUCUGAGUUUAAUUUUUGUGCAAGGAAAACCUGAGGCCAAACUUCGUGGCCGUGAGCCUGGCUCAUGACACAUGUGCCUUGCAGUUCCCCCCUGCCCCAAUGCAUUUUCUUUGUACUUCCUGUUAGUCACUGCUGUUUCAUCAUAGCCUUCUGUAAACUCUCCUGCACUCUAUCCACCCCCUCCUCCCCUUCCCCCACGCUAAGUUGUUUUUUCUUUUUCAUUCUUUUUUUAGACCAAGAUCACUCCAUGGAUGAAAUGACAGCAGUGGUGAAGAUUGAAAAGGGAGUUGGUGGCAAUAAUGGGGGCAAUGGCAACGGUGGCGGUGCCUUUUCUCAGGCUCGGAGCAGCAGCACGGGCAGCAGCAGCAGCAGUGGAGGAGGUGGAGGCGGGCAGGAAUCCCAGCCAUCCCCUUUGGCUCUGCUGGCAGCAACUUGCAGCAGAAUUGAGUCUCCCAAUGAGAACAGCAACAACUCCCAGGGCCCCAGCCAGUCAGGGGGCACAGGUGAGCUUGACCUCACCGCCGCACAACUUUCACAGGGUGCCAAUGGCUGGCAGAUCAUCUCCUCCUCCUCUGGGGCUACCCCUACCUCAAAGGAACAGAGUGGCAGCAAUACCAAUGGCAGCAAUGGCAGCGAGUCUUCCAAGAACCGCACCGUCUCUGGUGGGCAAUAUGUAGUGGCUGCCACCCCCAACUUACAGAACCAGCAAGUUCUGACAGGAUUACCUGGAGUGAUGCCCAACAUUCAGUACCAAGUAAUCCCCCAAUUCCAGACCGUCGAUGGGCAGCAGCUGCAGUUCGCCACCACGGGGGCCCAAGUGCAGCAGGAUGGUUCUGGUCAGAUACAGAUCAUACCAGGUGCAAACCAACAGAUCAUCACAAACCGAGGAAGUGGAGGCAACAUCAUCGCUGCUAUGCCAAACCUGCUUCAACAGGCUGUCCCCCUCCAAGGUCUGGCCAAUAAUGUGCUCUCAGGACAGACUCAGUAUGUGACCAACGUCCCGGUGGCCCUGAACGGGAACAUCACCUUGCUACCUGUCAAUAGCGUUUCUGCAGCUACCCUGACUCCCAGCUCUCAGGCAGUCACCAUCAGCAGCUCGGGGUCCCAGGAGAGUGGCUCACAGCCCGUCACCUCAGGGACGACCACCAUCAGUUCCGCCAGUUUGGUGUCAUCACAAGCCAGCUCCAGCUCCUUUUUCACCAAUGCUAACAGCUACUCCACGACGACUACCACCAGCAACAUGGGAAUCAUGAAUUUCACCACCAGCGGAUCGUCAGGGACCAACUCUCAAGGUCAGACACCCCAGAGGGUCGGGGGGCUGCAGGGGUCUGAUGCGCUGAACAUCCAGCAGAACCAGACGUCUGGAGGCUCCCUGCAGGCAAGUCAGCAGAAGGAGGGAGAGCCAAACCAGCAGACACAGCAACAGCCGAUUCUGAUCCAGCCUCAGCUAGUUCAGGGGGGACAGGCCCUCCAGGCCCUCCAAGCGGCGCCGUUGUCAGGACAGACCUUUACAACCCAGGCCAUCUCCCAGGAAACCCUCCAGAACCUCCAGCUGCAGGCUGUUCCAAACUCUGGCCCCAUCAUCAUCCGGACACCAACUGUUGGGCCCAAUGGACAGGUCAGUUGGCAGACUCUUCAGCUGCAGAACCUCCAAGUUCAGAACCCACAGGCCCAGACAAUCACCUUGGCCCCGAUGCAGGGUGUUUCCUUGGGGCAGACCAGCAGCAGCAGCACCACCCUUACACCCAUUGCCUCAGCUGCCUCCAUCCCUGCCGGCACAGUCACUGUGAAUGCUGCUCAACUCUCCUCUAUGCCAGGCCUUCAGACCAUUAACCUCAGUGCGUUGGGUACGUCAGGAAUCCAGGUGCACCAGCUCCCAGGCCUGCCGUUGGCCAUAGCAAAUGCCCCAGGUGAUCAUGGAGCUCAGCUUGGCCUCCAUGGUGCUGGUGGUGAUGGAAUACAUGAUGAUACAGCAGGUGGAGAGGAAGGAGAGAACAGCCCAGAUCCGCAACCCCAGGCUGGUCGCAGGACACGCCGGGAAGCAUGCACCUGUCCCUACUGUAAAGAUAGUGAAGGAAGGGCCUCUGGAGAUCCUGGCAAGAAAAAACAGCAUAUUUGCCACAUUCAAGGCUGUGGCAAAGUAUAUGGCAAGACUUCACACCUACGGGCACACUUGCGCUGGCAUACAGGCGAGAGGCCAUUCAUGUGUACCUGGUCCUACUGUGGGAAACGCUUCACACGUUCGGAUGAGCUCCAGAGGCACAAACGCACACACACAGGUGAAAAGAAAUUUGCCUGUCCUGAGUGUCCUAAGCGCUUCAUGAGGAGUGACCACCUGUCAAAGCAUAUCAAGACUCACCAGAAUAAGAAGGCAGGCCCAGGUGUUGCCCUGAGCGUGGGCACUUUGCCCCUGGACAGUGGGGCAGGUUCGGAAGGCAGCGGCACUGCUACCCCGUCAGCCCUUAUUACCACCAAUAUGGUAGCCAUGGAGGCCAUCUGUCCAGAGGGCAUUGCUCGUCUUGCCAACAGUGGCAUCAACGUCAUGCAGGUUGCGGAUCUGCAGUCCAUUAAUAUCAGUGGCAAUGGCUUCUGAGAUCAGGCACCCGGGGCCAGAGACACAUGGGCCAUACCUGUCAACCCUGGGAUACAAGGUAGCAUGGGUCCAAGAGACAUGUGGGAGAGUGAAGCCAUGAGGCAUUAAAAUGCAUGGUGGUGGAAGAGUUGGGGAAGGCAAACGAGAGAAGCGAUGGGGUCCCGGCACCCACUUGUGUGUCAUCAGUGCCUUUCUGAAGGCGGGAGACAUUAGUGAACAUUCUGCUGAUGCCACCCUUUGAUGAGUGUUUGACCCUGGUUUCUUUUUACACUUCUGACCCCAGCCUCUCCUUCCUGCGUUUCCCUUCUCAGCUCUCUCAUGAUGGAUCCCCCCUUUCCUAAAGCCAUCAUGCCUUGAUAAAUAUAUAUGAUCAUUGAAAUA